AUGCAGAUCAAGCUCUCUGCCGUCGCCGCCCUCCUGGCCCUCUCUGCCGGCUUCGUCUCCGCCCAGACCUGCACCCCCGAUGACCUGAUCGACGACUACCACUACCGUGUCCUCGAGGGCAACUACAAGACCAACGGCGGCGGCAUCGCCGGUGCUGUCGGUGCCACCGUCAACAUUCCUCCCAGCGGCGGCAUGGAAAUCGUCGCCGGCUUCGACAACAGCCUGUUCACCACCGGCGCCGAGCUCGACACCCACCCCGGCACUGCCCCGACCUACAACUACUGGUUCACCCAGUUCAACCCCCAGAUCUGCUCCGACCUGACCACCUACACCUCCAUGGAGCUCGAGAUCAUCGCCGACCCCGGCAUCGACUUCAACAUCACCCUGACCCAAAAGUCCGCCGAUUGCCUGACCCGCGCUGGCCAUGUCGACUCCCAGUACCACCUGCUCAGCUCGCUCCUGACCCCCAACGGCCAGCUCCAGACUCUCCGUCUGCCCCUGUCUCUGUUUGCCACCAACCUCGUUGGCCAGCCCUAUGACUUCCAGCACGCCAAGGACUUGACCCUCGUCAACCUUCACCCUCAGGGCGCCAAGCUGGUGCUCAAGAACUUUGUCAUUCGCGGUGACUGCAACAGCUCGGCCACCCCUGGUCUGCCUCCCGCAACUGCUUCCGCCAGCGCCGCUUCGAGCUCGGCCGCCUCGGCCAGCGCCAGCGCCAGCCCCAAAGCUUCCUCGGGUGUCGUUGCCUCUGCUCCCGCCUUUGGCUUUGCCAUCGCGGCCCUGACUGCUGCUGCCGCCAUGCUGUUCUAA